AUGUCUACACAGUGGCCUUCCGAGACCAGACCCUCUUUCACGACCAAGCCACCAGAUACAGCUGUGGCUGCUCGCAGUCCUGGCCCGCAGCCUGCCCAGCAGAAGUCUCUCCGCUCCCCCGAGUUACGCGCGCGUCGAGGUCAUGUCGCCAGACCGAUAGAGGAGGACCAAGGAGAUGAGGAUUCGUUAAGCUUCCCGAGCAGCAACUACAUCGAGGACCUGGCCGACGUGGAAGAUGUCUAUGCUGACUUUGGUGUCAUCUUCGGUGGGGCAGCAGAGAGGGACGAAGAUGUUAGCGGGAAUGGGCCUGUGACGGGCACCUUGCAUGCUGCCGAGCACCUCGAGGAGUACAUGGACGAUCUGGAUGGCAUUCCACCUGCAGCGAGGUGA